AAAAAUAUUAAUAAUACGAUAAAAUAAAAUAAUACGAUUGAUUAGUCAACACGUUGAACGCAUUAAAUUAAAUUAAUUAAAAUUAAUAUUUAAAAAAAAAUUAUUUAUAUUUUUUAAAUAAAAAAAUAUAUAUAAUAUUGUAAUAUUAUAUGAUAUAAAUUAUAAUAGUGUUAUAUCAAUAAUAAUUUUUAAUAAAUUAUAUAUUAUUCACGUUUGAUCGAGAUAUCGAAACAAAUAGAAGAAAAAUUAUAGCUAAUAUCAAGAAUAAAUAUCUAAAAAUUCACAUAUAAAUAAAAGAUAUUGAAUUUUCAACGUAUAUAGUUGAAAAUGAUGAAUACAUCAAAAAAUUUUUAUUUAUAUCAAUUUGGAUUGAAACGUUAUGUAAAAUAUUAUAAUUUUCAUUUAAAAAGAAAUAUAACAUUUAGUACUACAAAAUACAAUAGAAAUGUAACAGAAAAUUAUAUUAAUCAAUUUAAAACUGGACAAAUUAUUAAUGGUUUUAUAGUAGAUGAAAUUGCAAAAAUAGAUGAAGUAUAUCUAACUGCAGUGAGAUUGAGUCAUUUGGGAACUGGAGCACAAUAUUUACAUUUAGCUAGAGAUGAUAGUAACAAUGUAUUUUCAGUUGGAUUUCGUACAACUCCAAAAGAUUCUACAGGUUUACCUCAUAUAUUAGAACAUACUACUCUCUGUGGUAGUGAAAGGUAUCCAUGUAGAGAUCCAUUUUUUAAAAUGUUAAGAAGAUCAUUAGCUACAUUUAUGAAUGCUAUGACAGGACCUGAUUAUACUAUAUAUCCAUUUUCUACACAAAAUUUGAAAGACUAUCAAAAUUUACAAUCAGUGUAUCUGGAUUCUGUAUUUAGACCAUAUUUAAGAGAACUUGAUUUUAAACAAGAAGGAUGGAGAUUAGAACAUGCAGAUGUUAAUGAUAAAAAUUCACCUAUUAUUUUUAAAGGAGUAGUUUUUAAUGAAAUGAAAGGUGUCUUUAAUGAAAAUCAGACAAUAUUAGCUGAAAAAUUUUUAAAUCAUAUUUUACCUAGUCAUACAUAUGCAGUAAUUUCUGGUGGAGAUCCUCUUGUUAUUCCUACUUUAAAAUAUAUUGAUCUGCUUAAUUUUCAUCAAACUUAUUAUCAUCCUUCUAAUUCUCGUUUCUAUUCAUAUGGCAAUUUUUCUUUAGAAAAUCAUUUAAAAUUUAUUAAUGAGCGAUAUUUAUUUCUAAUGGAUAAUAUUGAUACAUCUAUAUCAGAAGUUCCUUCAGAAAAACGUUGGGACAAUCCAAGAAAAGAACAUAUUACGUGCAGAUCAGAUCCUAUGGCUGCAGAUCCUAGUCGACAAGGUAGCAUAGCUAUUGGUUAUUUGUGCAAUGACAUUACUGAUGUACAAAAAACUUUUGAAAUCAAUAUUUUAUCUCAACUUUUGUUAAGAGGUCCAAAUUCAGCAUUUUAUAAAUCUUUAGUAGAAUCAAAAUUGGGAACUGCUUUUGGAUCAAUGACAGGUUUUGAUUCUCAAUGUAAAGAUACUAUGUUUAUUGUGAGUUUGCUUGGUACUAAACCAGAAGAUUUUGAAAAAAUAGAUGAUGUCUUUAAUAAAACUGUACAAAGAGUUGUUGAAGAAGGUUUUAUAGAGGAUCAUGUUGAAGCUGUUUUACAUAGUAUUGAGCUUCAAUUAAAACAUCAAACUUCCAAUUUUGGAUUGCAAUUACUUUUCAAUUUAACACCAUUAUGGAAUCAUAAUGGAGAUCUUAUUCAAUCAAUGCGAAUUAAUGAUGCAAUCAGAAAAUUUCGAGAAGAAAUAAAAAAUAAUCCCAUAUAUCUUCAAGAAUUAGUGAAAACAUAUCUUAUGGAUAAUAAUCAUAGACUGACAUUAACAAUGUUGCCAUAUGAAAAAUAUGAUUAUGAAAAAGCAAUUGCUGAACAAAAAUUAUUAGAAUCUAAAUUAAAAGAACUUUCCAAAGAAGAAAUAGAACAUAUUUAUAUAUAUGGUAAAAUUCUUCUUGAAGAACAACAAAGACAAGAAGAUGUAAAUGUUCUUCCAACUUUAAAAAUAGAAGAUAUAAAAGAAGAUGUAGAACGAUAUAAAUUAGAAAAUAAAAAAGUAAUAGAUGUUCCUUUACAAAUAGCUACUGAACCAACAAAUGGUGUUUGUUAUUAUCGAGGAAUUCUUAAUACGCAAGGUCUAACACAAGAAUUAAAACCUUUGUUACCACUUUUUAAUAAUAUCAUUUCAAAAAUGGGUACAAAAAAUUAUGAUUAUAGAAAUUUUGAUCAAAUGAUUCGAUUGAAAACUGGAGGUUUAAAUUUUAUGAAUCACAUUGCUGAACAUAAGAAUAAUUUGUUGCAAUAUGAAGAAGGAAUAUUAAUAGAAUCAUAUUGUUUAGAUCGUAAUAUAAAUGAUAUGUGGAGAUUAUGGUUAGAGUUGUUCAAUAAUGUCCAAUUGUCUGAUAUUGAAAGAUUUACAACACUUGUUAAAAUUAAUGCUGUUGAUUUGAUUAAUGGAAUUGCAGAUUUAGGACAUACCUAUGCAAUGAGUAGUGCAGCUAGUUUAGUCUCACCAGUCACUAAAUACAAGGAAAGUUUAUCAGGAUUACAAUAUGUCUCAAAUAUGAAAAAAAUAGCACAAAUGUCAGAUUUAAGUCCUGUAUUAAGUCAAAUGCAAGAAAUAUCUGAUUAUAUUCUAAAUAAACAAUAUUUGAGAUCAGCAAUAAAUUUAUGUAAAAAUAACAAGGACAUGAUAUUAGAAAGUGUUACUAAAUUUUAUAGUUUAUUAAAAGGCACACCUAAAGAUAUAUAUACUUUUACUCAUGAUCAAAAUCUUGAAAUAGGAGAUAGAGCUAUUCAUUAUGUAUUACCAUAUUCUGUAAAUUAUACAGCUAAAACAAUUUUUACUGUACCAUAUACAAAUCCAGAUUUUGCACCUUUACGAGUACUUUCUAAAUUGAUUACAUCACUUUACUUACAUCCAGAAAUUCGAGAAAAAGGUGGUGCUUAUGGUGGUGGUGCUACAUUAUCGUCAGAUGGCAUUUUUGCCUUUUAUUCUUACAGAGAUCCUAAUUCUACUCGUACUUUAGAUUUAUUUGAAAAAACUUAUGAAUUUUUAUUAAAGCAAUCAUUAUCCCAAAGUGAUAUUGAUGAAGCAAAAUUAGGAAUAUUUCAACAUUUUGAUGCACCAGUUUCCCCAAGUAAUCGUGGAAUGAUUCAAUUUAAAUACAAUUUAACAGAUGAUGAUAUUCAAGAACAAAGAGAGAGAUUAAAAGCUGUAACUAAAGAUCAACUUAUACAUGUUGCUACUAAAUAUUUGCAACCUGAUCAAAAACAUAUUAGAGUAGGACGUGCAUUAAUUGGUCCUGUUAAUCAUGAUUUAUUAAAUAGACCUUCAGAAAAUUGGAAAGUUCAAAAUCAAGAAGAAAGCAUUCGAGUAAGAGCAGUUGAAUAAAUAUUUUUUUAAAAUAAA